ACAUACAAACACUCUAAACCCAGAAACGCAACAACCACAAGAUCAUACCUCGUGCGAAACACAACGAUCAAGUGAUCUUGAGGCACCGUCGCUUUGUUGCUGCUGAUUUGAUCAUAAUUGGCCGCUAACAAAAUGAUGACGAUCAAAGGGAGAGUGGUGUUGAUGAAAAAGAACGUGUUGGAUAUCAACGACUUAAGUGCAUCUGUUUUGGAUCGAGUUGAUGAGCUUUUGGGAAAAAGCGUCGUUAUACAACUUAUCGGUCCACAUGGAUCUCAUCUUCAUUCCUCCGAAGGAAGCUUGAGAGGGAAGGUAGGGAAGCCUGCGAUCUUGGAAGACUGGAUUACCACAAUUACCCCUUUGACAGUCGGGGAAUCGUCGUAUAAAGUAUCAUUUGAAUGGGAUGAAGGUAUGGAAGUUCCAGGGGCAUUUCUGGUCAAAAACCAUCACCACAGUGAAUUUUACCUAAAGACCCUUACCCUUGAAGACGUUCCUGGCCAUGGCCAACUCCAUUUUGUGUGUAACUCAUGGGUUUACCCUACAAAACGCUACAAAAAAGACCGUAUUUUCUUCGCUAAUAAGUCGUAUCUUCCUAGCGAGACUCCAACAUAUCUACGUUCAUACAGAGAUGAAGAGUUGGAAAUCUUGCGAGGAGAUGGAACAGGAAUGCUUCAAGAAUGGGAUAGGGUUUAUGAUUACGCUUUCUAUAACGACUUGGGAGAUCCUGAUAAGGAUGUUGCGGACGUCCGUCCAGUUCUUGGAGGCUCUUCAGAGUAUCCAUAUCCUCGUAGGUGUAGAACAGGCAGGCCAACAACCAAAUCAGAUCCUAAAACGGAAAGCAGGCUUCCACUUCUUAUGGGCUUGGACAUAUAUGUUCCCAGAGAUGAGCGAUUUGGACACUUGAAGUUGUCUGAUUUUCUUGCUUACGGUCUGAAAUCCAUCGUUCAGUUUCUCGUUCCCGAGUUUGAAGCUCUAUGUGACAGCACCCGCGAUGAAUUUGACUCGUUCGAAGAUGUGAUGAAGCUUUACGAAGGAGGAUUCAAGCUGCCCGAAGGCCCUUUACUUGAUCACAUUCGACAAAAUAUUCCUUUAGAAAUGCUGAAAAUACUUCUUGAAACCGAUAGUGAUGGUGUAGCCAAAUUUCCAAAACCACAAGUCAUCAAAGAGGACAAGUCUGCUUGGAGGACAGAUGAAGAAUUUGCAAGAGAAAUGUUAGCCGGAGUCAACCCUGUUAGCAUAUGUAUUCUAAAAGAGUUUCCCCCUACGAGCAAGCUCAACGUUCAAGUCUAUGGUAACCAAAACAGUUCGAUAAAAUUACACCACAUCGAGAAAAACCUGGAUGGUUUAAGGGUGGAGGAGGCACUGAAGGCAAACAGGUUGUUCAUAUUGGAUCAUCAUGAUUCAUUGAUGCCAUACUUGAAAAGAAUAAAUGCAACCACGAACAAGAUUUAUGCCACACGAACUUUGCUCCUGCUACAAAAUGAUGGAACUUUAAAACCAAUAGUGAUCGAGUUAAGCCUGCCACAUCCUGAACAAGAUAAUCUUGGUGCCAUUAGCGAAGUAUACACCCCGGCUGAAAAUGGAGUUGAAGGAUCCGUUUGGCACUUGGCCAAAGCAUAUGUAGCCGUUAGCGAUUCUGGGAUUCAUCAACUCAUCAGUCACUGGUUGCAUACACAUGCAGUUACUGAGCCAUUUGUGAUUGCUGCGAAUAGGCAGCUAAGCGUCCUCCAUCCAAUCCAUAAGCUUCUCUACCCUCAUUUUCGUGAUACAAUGAAUAUCAACGCUUUCGCUAGGCAAAUCUUGAUCUAUGGCGGAGGUAUACUUGAGAAAACAGUAUUUCCUGGAAAAUAUUCCAUGGAAUUAUCUUCUGUGUUGUAUAAGGAUUGGGUCUUCCCUGAACAAGCACUUCCGGUGGAUCUUAUCAAGAGGGGAAUGGCUGUUGAGGACUCGGAUUCUCGUCAUGGACUACGCCUGCUCAUCGAGGAUUACCCAUAUGCAGUUGACGGGCUUGAGAUCUGGUCAGCGAUCAAAUCUUGGGUUGAGGAUUACUGCAAAUUCUACUACAAAACCGACCAUAUGGUUAAAAACGACAAAGAACUUCAAUCAUGGUGGAAGGAACUACGAGAAGAGGGACAUGGUGACAAAAAAGAAGAGCCAUGGUGGCCUAAAAUGCAAUCUUGUCAAGAACUGAUACAAAUCUGCACUACAUUCAUUUGGGUGGCUUCUGCUCUUCAUGCAUCUGUGAAUUAUGGGCAAUACCCUUAUGCUGGUUAUCUCCCUAAUCGUCCAACUCUGAGUCGUAGGUUUAUGCCCAAGCCAAAUACUCCUGAAUACGACGAAUUAAAAGAGAAUCCCGAUAAGGUUUUCUUGAAAACAAUUACUCCGCAACUGCAAAUGCUUCUUGGGAUCGCUCUGAUUGAGAUAUUGUCAAGGCAUUCGUCGGAUGAGGUUUAUCUUGGACAAAGGGAGUGUCCUGAGUGGACAAUGGAUGCUGAACCUCUCAAGGCAUUUGAGAAAUUUGGGAAGAAGCUUAAAGAGACUGAGGAGAGAAUCGUGCAAAUGAAUAACGAUGAAAGGUUGAAGAAUAGGGUUGGACCAGUGAAAAUGCCGUACACCCUACUCUACCCGACAAGCAAAGAGGGAAUUACCGGAAGGGGAAUCCCUAACAGUACGUCCAUGUGAAACUGAAACCAACCAAUAAUCAUUGUGUUGCCAAAACUUGAAUAAAGAAAGACAAUUACGAGU